AUGGCAAGCCAGAUAAGCCUCCCGCCCGAGGUCCUCAGGCGCGCCAAAGAGGCAGCGGCAGCGGAGGCGCCGGCACCCGCCGCCGACGCGAGCGGCAUGGACGCCGCCGAGGAGCAGGCCACACGCGCCGACUUUUUUGAAGCUGUCGAGUACGUGAACACUCAAGCGGUCAAACUCUCCGACGACGCGCAGCGCAAGUUGUUUGGCCUGCACUGUGUGGCGACGAACGGUGCCCCUCCGCCCAAUGACUCGCCUUCCUUCAGGACGCUUUACGAAAACAUGCAGGAAGGGGAACGCGCGAAGGACGCCGCCUGGCGCUCGGCCCACGAGGAGCACCCGCAGCAGCUGAGCGCCAUGCGUGCAUAUGUGGACGAAGUCACGCGCGAGGUGCCGGACUUCCUGCUCAUCGCGCCGGAGGAGGACGCCUCGGACGACCAGCUGGCCAAGGUCAAGAACGACCUGAGCGCGUGCGGCAUCAACGAGUCCUCCAACGCGGCGCCGCCGCCGGCGGCCGAAGACGUCUUCGAGGCGGCUAGGGCCGGGGCGGCCAGUUUGAAGGCCUUCGGCGACUUUGAUGUCAACGAGAUCGACGACUAUCACCUGACGCCGCUCAUCCACGCUGUCGACGCCGAGAGGGAGGAUUCCGCGCGGCUGCUCCUCGACGCCGGCGCGGACGUGAACACGAGCGACGAUGACGGCUCGACGCCGUUGCACUACGCAGCGCUCCUGGGGUCGACGCCCCUGGCGACGUUGCUCGCGGACCGUGGCGCGGACCGGUCGCUGAAGGACGGCGACGGGAAGACUGCGGCCGACGUCGCGCGAUCCGAGGGAUACUCGGAGAUUGCGGAGUUGCUCGCCUAAUGUUGUUUCAAGACUAGUAGUGGCACCGCGGCGCCCGCGAUGUGCACGUAAUUGGUUCUUGGGGCCCGUAUCGCCUCCACUGCUCGUUGGGAGGAUGCUUUGAGGGUCAGAGAGCUCGGGAGAGGGUAUUCCAGAUUCAAAAAGGCUAGUGGCUAAGGAGAGGCGCCAUAAUUGAGAGCCCCAGCACAGCCAUUAAAGUCGUCUGUUUAGAUCGGCACUGCAUCGUACACGCCCAGCGUCCGCGCCGAUAGGCUUCAGAUGUAUAUAUGUGCUGGCGCGCGCGCGCGCGCACGCUAAAACGAGCCCUGCGCGACGCACUGGGCAGUCCGCCAAAAAGCAAGAAACAGCCCACACAAGCCGCCAUCGCCGCGCGCGGCCUCGCGACAGCGCACAGAGCUUCGAAACCGCGCACAGAGCCCGCGCGCAGCGAGAAACCGCAUCCCGCGCGCAGGCAAACAACUCCCGCGUAACCGGCGGGAAAACCGAGCACAAGCAAAACACACCCACAGCCACAAGCAUGCCGUCGAACAUCCCCGUCGCCCCCAAGUCCCAGUACGAGAUUGAGCGCGACGAGCGCAUCAAGCGCAACGAGGCCUUCAUGCUGUCCAUCGGCAUCGACCCCCACGGUGGCGGCUACGUGCUGAGCAGUGCAUAAAUCAAAUCUUGACCUCCACGCCAUCGACGAGACUCUGGUUGGUUUCCACACAGAUGAAGCAGAACAAGAAGAAGGCGCCGCCGAAGCCGCGCCUGCCCCGCAAGAAGGUGCCCGAGAGCGAGCGCCGCCGCUCGUCGCGCCUCCAGGGCGGCACGGCCGAGCCCGAGCGCCUGACCUACGACGAGUGGUCGGACGACGAGCGGCCGCGCCAGCGCUCGCGCGGCUCCGGCGGCCGCCGCGCGCGCAAGAACCGCCUCGUCGAGCUCUCCGAGGAGCAGCGCGCGGCGCUCGACGAGUUCAACAUGGACGAUUUCGAGGCGUCCGCGUCGGCGUCCUUCACGAAACCACGCCAUCGACGCGACGGCGUGAUCACCAGUUCAUAUGCACACAGGUGGAUGGAGCCCGACGGCGAGCACCCCAUCUCCGACGACAACCGGCGCCAGGUCAUCCGCCAGGUCACGAAGCUCGUGUCCGGCGAGGGCGUCCACUACGCCUCGCCCCAGUACGGCUGGCCGGACGACGUCAUCUUCCGCAAGGACGAGCCCGUGACGAUGCAGUCGGACGCAGUGCCCAAUCAAUUCCGAGUUUCACGCCAUCGACGCGACGAUCUACGCAGGUCUGAUAUCGGCCAGAUCAUCGAGGACGCGCGCGACUUCGAGAACGAGCACGGCCGCGACCACGGCAACGGCUGGCUCCUCAACCACCCGCUGCGCAAGCUCCUCUUCUACCAGCACCACCUCGACACGCAGGCGCGGCUCGCGCCGCCGCCCGUCGAGCCCGAGCCCGAGGCCGAGGCCGAGGAGGAGGCCACGCCGGCGAAGGCGAGCGACGCGCUGACGCCCGAGACCGUCAAGGCCCUCCGCGACGCGAAGAAGGCCCUAGACGAGGGCAAGAUGGACGAGGAGACCUACACGACGACCAAGGCGGGCCUGCUCGGCAAGCAGACGCCCGCGGCCAAGCCCACGAAGGGCAAGGCGGCCAAGCCCGCGACGACGCCGACGAAGAAGGCGAAGAAGGCCAAGACGGACCCCUUCGGCUGCCCGGACCCCGUGACCGAGGCCCCGGUGCGCCGCGCCAAGAAGCGCGGCGCCGCGUCCACGUCGCUCGUCGGCAAGAAGGUGAACAAGAAAUUCAAGGGCUACCGCUCGGCGUCCGGCACGGAGUACUUCGACGGCGUCAUCAAGAGCGUCGAGGACGGCAUGUGCGUCAUCGCGUGGGAGGACGGCGAGGAGUCGCCGAUGAAGGACACGGCGGUCCAGAAGAUCCUCGUCUAGACGACGUCCCACCAGAGCUCUAGGCGCGCGAGGGCCUAAGACAGAACAUACUAAC